AUGAGGUUUUCUACCACGAACGUUUACCAAAGUCUGCUGGUGGGAGUCGUACUGUACGUCGGGGGCGUCGCCGGGUACGUGAGUCACCUCCCUACGAAUUCGGGAGCGCUCCGCCUCGCCCCGUUCGUACCGAGCCGUAGCAGUGUGAGCCGCAUCCCCUACCCAUCCGUUCCAUUGGAUAUCGCAACGCCUCUACGCCCCUCAACAAGUCUCUCCGCGGGGGCCUCACAGAGUUCUAUCGUUCCGACGAAAUCCAUCGUUUCGGCGGCUGCCUUUUGCGUUCUCGACGUGGCCUUUCGUCGGGGAUUUCUCAAGGCCAACGUGGCGUUUCCCUCCAGUCUCGGUGGCUGCGGGAUCCUAUUGGCGCUCUUACUGGCCUUGCCGCGCAAGACCGCAGGCAAGGCCUUCUCGGCGCUCAAACCCGGGGCUGACGUGCUGGCCAAGUGGCUGCCCGUCUUUUUUGUACCCUCGCUCGUGACUCUGCCCUUGGCGGAUUCUUUGGGGUCCUCGGCGGAGCUCGCCAAAGUUGCGGCCGUUAUUGUGGGAGGAUUUUUGUUUACUCUCGUGACCACGUCGGCGUCGGUCGUUGCCGUUCGAUCUCUCCUUUCUGGUGACACUAACAGGGACGAAUCGCCCGAGGAGGCCCUUCCCAAAAUAGACGCUGUUUCCCAAGAAGCCAUUGCCGACGGCCGCGAUCCCUUUCCUACAAUCAAGCCCUUUGACGAUUCUACCGCAACCAUGCUCUACGGUCUCACGGUCUUUAGUGGCCUGGCGGCGGCCAAACUCACGCUCGACGGAGCCUCGUACGCCACCACCACGCCGCUCACGGCUCUCUUUAUGCUGAGCUCGACACUCGCCUCCUUUGUUUGGGGUGCCCGCUUGCCCAAAGCCUUGACCAAAGUCUUGCAUCCUUUGGUCACUUGCACCAGCCUCACUUGGGCGGCUGCUGCUGCCUUUGCCCGCGUUACGGGCCGUUCCUUUGCUUCCAUGCUACAAUCCUACCGAACGGGAAGUCUCGGAAAAAUGGCCGGCGCCGGUGACUGGCUCCUAUUUCUGCUCGGUCCCGCCGUAGUCUCUCUCGCUGUUUCCAUGUACGAUCGACGCAAGCUUAUGCGGGAAAACAUCCCGGAAGUAGGGACUUCGAUCGGCGUCUCAACCUUUGGUGGACUUUUUGGAACGGCGUGGGCCGUACGCUUUCUUAGUAUCGGCAAUCCCGCCGUUAGACUCAGUCUUUUGUCUCGUAAUAUCACGUCCCCACUCGCCAUGUCGAUUGCCAGUAUCCUUGGUGGUGCCGAUGUGAGCUUGGCCGUUUCCAUGGUCGUUAUCACGGGUUUGAUCGGGGCCAACUUUGGCGCCACGCUUUUGGACGCCUUGGGCAUCCGCGACGCUGUGGCGCGUGGCCUAGGCAUGGGCGCCGCCGCUCACGGUCUAGGCACGGCCGCCAUUGUGAACGAAAAGGACGCCUUUCCCUUUGCCGCCAUUUCCAUGGCGCUCACGGCUUCUGCCGCUACCGUAGCCGUUUCCGUUCCCGCGAUUCGCCGCGUGCUAGUCCAAACUGCCUUGGGCAGUUUGUGAAGGCCCGGAAAGCCCAGUCCAGCCCUCCCUAGUUUCAACUUUUCCAGAACACCACACAACCACACGCAUGCGACACGGGUACGUCAACGUUGGCGACUGAGUUUAGGAUGAGCCACUAUCUAUUCUAAUACAUGUAUAUGCAUAUUGUAACAAGAUGCAUACACACU